AAAGCAUUAAAAUCAACUCAAAUGUUGAAAGAUGUUUUUCCAAUAUCUAUUGUCUUUAUUAACAAAUUAAUAAUAAAAUUAUAAUACAUUUUUAAAUAUUUUCGAUACCAAAUUUCUAAACAAUUUCUAAUAAAUUAUAAAUAAAACAAAAUAUGGAGCAAACGGAAAUCUGUGAAUAUUUUAAUGGUAUUAUUAAAGAUGAGAAGGAUGUAUCAGCUGGUAUGGCUGCUAUUCGAACUUUGCUAAAAGUCUUAGAACAUUCUAAGUCAGAGACAGUCCAAGAACUACGGUAUUGUUUACAAAAUGCAGUAGAUGCAAUGAGGUCUACAGACAAUCCUGUAACUGCUAUUGCUUCUGGAAGCGAAUUGUUCCUUCGAUUUAUCACUUUAGCAACAUUAGAUACACCAUCAUUUGCAGAAUGCAAGGGAAUUAUGCUUCAUAGAGGGAAAGUAUUUUAUGAAAAAUUAGUUGCUGCUCGAGGAAAGGUUGCAAAAGUAGCAGCACAUUUCAUCACUGAUGGUUCUAAAAUACUCACUCAUUCUAAAUCUAGAGUUGUAUUACAAGCAAUGAAAGAAGCAGCGGCUAGUAAUAAAAUAUUUGAAGUAUAUGUAACUACAUCUUCUCCAGAUGAUAGUGGAAUUGAGAUGUGUCAAAAUUUAACACAAAUGGGAGUUUCUUGUACAUUAAUAUUAGAUUCUGCAAUGGGAUAUGUUAUGGAACAAGUUGACAUGGUAAUGGUUGGAGCUGAAGGUGUUGCUGAAAGUGGUGGAGUUAUAAACAAAGUUGGCACUUAUACAAUGGCAAUGUGUGCUAAAGAAGUAAAAAAACCUUUUUAUGUAUUGACUGAAAGUUUUAAAUUCUCAAGGAUAUAUCCAUUGAAUCAAGUAGAUCUUCCCGAUGAAUUUAAAUAUACAGCAAGUACUUUACAAAAGGAUCUCCGUAAAGAGCAUCCACUAGUCGACUACACACCACCUCAUUUUAUUAGUCUUUUAUUUACUGAUUUAGGAAUUUUAACUCCUUCUGCUGUUAGUGAUGAACUAAUAAAACUGUAUUUGUAACAAUUAUAUAUUUUAUAUUGAAUAAAACAUGGCAUACAUGAAUUAA